AGGCGGAACAUAGGGACGACGAAGAAAGGAGCGAUCUUUUUAUGGCUCGGGGCCAUGGGUGGCCUCUGUGAGAGUACGAUUCUCCUGAAAAUGAUUUUUGCCCCCCUUAAUUGUAUAUAUUUUUAAAUGGGUUAUUUAGGGAGAGUUAAUGAGAACCUCAAAGAGAAACAGUGAGGGAGAUUUUCUUCAUUUUUCCAGGGGAAAAAAAAGAAAGGAAAAGGACCCAGGGAAGGAGUGGAGCAAACUGAAGGGGGGAAGGGGAAAAAGAUGGAAGCUUUGGGGUUAAAGAUGGUUGGGGGUUUGAAGCCGGCAGUUGAGAGGCCUUCUCCAUGGCCAUGGCCAUGGCCGAAUCGUAGUCGAAGGACUCUUGGGAUCCUUGCGUGUUCUUCUUCUUCCUCCUCAAACCCUAAUUCCAAUCCCAAUUCAUCGUCUUCUUCUUCUGAGAAGGCAAAAGAUUCACCUUUGAGCUCUUCUUCGUUCCUAUCAAGGAGCCAGACCUACGCCCUUCUCAAGCAACAGAUGGCCGUUGCCGCCAAAUUAGAGGACUACAAAGAGGCUGCUCGAAUAAGGGAUUCCUUGAAAUCAUUUGAAGCAGAGGAGCCAGUGUUACGCCUUCGUGGUUUAAUGAAGAAAGCAGUUGAAGAAGAAAAGUUUGAGGAUGCAGCGAGAUACAGAGAUCAGUUGAAGAUUUUGGCUCCACAUGCCUUUCUUAGAUGCUCCAGUGAUGCUGUAACACUGGGGAUAAGGGUUCAAGUGAGGAGUGUAUAUAUUGAGGGUCGCAGCUUGCCGUCCAAAGGGCAGUACUUUUUUGCCUACAGGAUUAGAAUCACUAAUAAUUCCCAGCGUCCUGUGCAACUCCUCAGAAGACAUUGGAUCAUAACAGAUGGCAAUGGAAAAACUGAGAACAUAUGGGGAGUUGGAGUAAUUGGAGAGCAGCCUGUCAUUCUUCCUAAGACUGGAUUCGAGUAUUCAUCUGCAUGUCCAUUAAGUACUCCUAAUGGGAGAAUGGAAGGUGAUUUUGAGAUGAAGCAUAUCGAUAAGGUGGGAUCACCAACCUUCAAUGUUUCCAUUGCACCAUUUUCCCUUUCCAUCAUUGGAGAUGAUGAUGCCAAUGGCCUUAUUUAGAAGUACGAAAACAUUUGGCAAUUUCUUAAUGGUACAAACGAAGAGUUUCAAUGUGGUUUCUGCUUUUGCAUCGAUGCCUCUCUGGCAAUGUUCCAACAUUCCACAGAUCUCACACUUUAUGCCAUAAAACAAGAAUAUUCCCCAGGUGUUCUAGUGAAGGAUUUAUGUGAUUUCUUGCUAAUUAUGGUUACUAUUGUAAGAUGGUUACAUUGCAGUUGGAGGAGGCACACACAAUGCAUGUGACAGUACAUGCUGCCUACCCCUUCCUAUAAUUGUUGUAUGUAUUAAUUAUGAACAUGAGCAAGUGUAUGGAACUUUCUCUUCCAUUGAAAGUGAACCACAAAAGAAAUAUAUCAUUAUCAUUUCC